AUGCGCGCCCCGCCGCUGCUGCUGCUGCUGGCCGCCUGCGCGCCGCCGCCCUCCGCCGCCGCCGUCCCGACGCCGCCGGGCUGGGAGCCGGCGGCCGACGCGCCCUGGUGCCCCUACAAGGUGCUGCCCGAGGGCCCCGAGGCGGGCGGCGGGCGCCUGUGCUUCCGCAGCCCCGCGCGCGGCUUCCGCUGCCAGGCGCCCGGCUGCGCGGCGCACGCCUCGGCCGGCCGCUCGCUGCGCGCCAGCGUCCUGCGCAACCGCACGGUGCUGCUGCAGUGGCGCCUGGCACCAGCCGAGGCGCGCCGCGUGCGCGCCUUCGCGCUCAACUGCUCGUGGCGCGGCGCCUACACGCGCUUCCCGUGCGAGCGCGUGCUCCUGGGCGCGUCCUGCCGCGACUACCUGCUGCCCGACGUGCACGACGGCGUGCGCUACCGCCUGUGCCUGCAGCCGCUGCCGCUGCGCGCCGAGCCCGCCGCCGCCGCCCCGGAGCCCGCCGGGCCCGCCGAGUGCGUGGAGUUCGCUGCCGAGCCGGCCGGCAUGCGGGAGAUCGUGGUGGCCAUGACGGCGGUGGGCGGCUCCAUCUGCGUCAUGCUGGUGGUCAUCUGCCUGCUCGUGGCCUACAUCACCGAGAACCUCAUGCACCCGGCUUUCGGGCGCCCCGGCCUGCGCAGGCAGCCCUGAAGCACCAGGCGAGCGGCCCACCGGCGCUCCGCCUGCCCGAGAUUGGCGCCCGCUCCCCACUCGUCGCUCCUGCUCCCUCCUUAGGAUGUCCACGCAGGGCCUGCUGGAGACCGGUAGGGCCCCAGCCCGCCAGGGCCUUGGAGUCAUUGCACGACCUUCCUAGCCCGGCAUCCGCCUCCCACACUCCAAGUCGGGACUGACCCUUGGGCCCGCGAGGGGGUGCCAGCCUCGACCAGGGCUCUCCCUGCUUUCCAGAGGCCUUUACUGGGGCCGCCGGGACUUACUGCCCCUUCUAGCAAGAGCCAUUGGCAUCCCCGGGUCAUCACGCUGUACCUGCAGCCUGUGCCAAGUUGGAAAAAACAGGCUGUCAUCAUUGCUUGGUCACUGUGUGCUUUGCCGACUUGAGGAGGCCCCUUGGAGCCUGUCCUCUCCCCACCUCACCCCAGUGGGCUUAGAUUAGCGUCGUGCCUUAGUGUCUUGGGGCCACCGCGGGAGCCAACCACUGGUCCUGUGCUGUCGAGGGGGCCUGUGGCCCUGGCACUGGCUGGCUUGUGUUCUAUCCAGCCAGAGCCCACUGGGAAACCCCCCUGCAAGCUUUGCAGGAGCCUCAGGUGUGGGUAAGCAGCAUCUCGUGCUGUUUCCCUCCUUGGGCGUCUGAUAUGCUGCGAACCAAGAUGGGCCGGGCCUCUGGUGGGCGUGUCCAGGGGCAGUGCCCUCUGACCUUGGGGGAGGCUGGCAGUUCUCCAGGGCUGCCU